AUGUGUAGCACUCAGUCCGAGAUAAUAGUCGAAAAAGAAGGAUCAAAACGAAUCUUGACACUGAAUCGGCCGAAGGCGUUGAAUGCACUCAAUCUUAGCAUGGUCCGAGAAAUCUACCCUCGGUUCCGGGAGUGGGAAGAUGCUGGAGACGUCAAACUAAUAAUACUGAAAGGCUCUGGCGAAAAAGCGUUUUGUGCUGGAGGAGACGUUGUAGCGGUGAGCAAAUCUGCAAAGGAAGCCGCUAAAGGUGGAACUUCUACGAUACAUAAGGAUUUCUUCAGGUGA